CGCCCGUCAGGCCGCUCCCCUUCCCCGUCCGGGGAGGGGGCCCCCGGGGGGCAUGUGAGCGGCCGCCGCCGCCGGAGCUGUUAGAUGGAACGGGGCUCCAUCAUCACCCAGGCGCCGAGGGGGGACGCCCCGGGGCUCAGCAAGCAAGGCCUGGUGCCCGCACCCUCUGCACACAAGCCCCGUGGUCGGAGCAUCUUCCAGAACCUUCUGUGCUGCUUCCGGGCCCAGCAUGGCAGGCGGCCUGGGGGCCCCAGCAGUGGCGGCCAGUUCACCGCCUGCAAGGAGGAGGCCAGCAUCAUCGCCAAGUCUGACUUGCUCCAAUGCCUUCAGUACCAGUUUUACCAGGUGCCAGGGUCUAACCUGCUGCCGGAGGUGGCCCGACAGGAUCAGGGCAGGAUCUGCGUGGUCAUCGAUCUGGACGAGACGCUCGUGCACAGCUCCUUCAAGCCGGUCAACAAUGCUGACUUCAUCGUCCCCGUUGAGAUUGAGGGCACCACUCACCAGGUGUAUGUGCUCAAGCGGCCUCACGUGGACGAGUUCCUGAGACGAAUGGGGGAACUGUUUGAGUGUGUGCUCUUCACUGCCAGUCUGGCCAAGUACGCGGACCCGGUGACGGACCUGCUGGACCGCUGCGGCGUGUUCCGCUCUCGGCUGUUCCGCGAGGCCUGCGUGUUCCACCAGGGCUGCUAUGUCAAGGACCUCAGCCGCCUGGGGCGGGACCUGCACAAAACCCUCAUUCUCGACAACUCUCCGGCCUCCUACACCUUCCACCCGGCCAACGCGGUGCCCGUGCAGUCCUGGUUCGACGACAUGAGCGACACGGAGCUGCUGAACCUGAUCCCGGUGUUUGAGGAGCUGAGCGCUGCCGAUGACGUGUACCGCGGUCUGGGCCAGCUGCGUGGCCCGUAGCCAAGCCUGCGUCACACCCACCAGUGCCUGCCCGUCUGCCUCGCCGGCCCCUUUGCCCCUUCGGUUCACCCGGGCGGCCUUGGGGCACAGGGUGAUCCCCACCUCCCCUCUCCCCAGUCCCCCCAGGAGCGGGGUCAAGAUGUUCAGUCUCCAGCCUCCUGCCAGACCUUCUGGUCCUUGUAGCAGCAGCAGCAGGACCCUUGGCCCAUAGGCACCGAGCGACAAUCCCAGGCUCGUCGUUCCCGGGGGGCGGGGCGGCGGCGGCGGCGGCUGGGUACCCUCCGUGGCCUCUUUACAGCUCCUGCUGCCCAUGGACAUAGGGUCAAUGUUGUGUGGCGGGCGGCGGGGGCAGCCGGGAAACCUCCCCAGUCUCUCACCGGCUCCUGCUACCCACGGGCACAAGGUCCGUACUGUGUGGCAGGCCCAGACCAAGUGGCAGGAUGGAGCCAACCGGGCAUUCUCACCGGCUCCUGCUGCCCGCAGGCACAGGGUCCAUGCUGUGUGGCAGGGUGGGGGCAGCCAGACACCUUACCCUGUCUCUCACUGGCUCCUGCUGCCCGCGGGCACGGGAUCCAUGCCGUGUGGCAGCCCCAGGCACAAACCCAGCCACAUGCUUCCUCUCCGACUUUCCCCCCCACCUCUGGCUUCUUCCUCUUUACCAUUCUCCGCCCCUGUACCGCUUCUCCCGGACCCGGAGUCUCCUUUCGGCUCCUCAUGGCUCCAUCACCGGGAUGACAAGUCAGCGGCUGCGGGGGAGGAAGAGGAAGGCCUGGGUGAGACCCCUCCGGGGCUGCCUCAUUCAUCUCGGGGGCCUGAGCUGAUGGGAGGGACUGUGCCCAGGGACCCGGUGGCCUUGGGAGGGGCACCCGCCCCUGCAGCUGAGCCGGACAUGGGUCUGUGUCCCCCUUAUAGGGGUGGGGGGCGGGGGCCCCGCUAAACCCACUCCACCCUACAAAUGGAAUAGAAACGGGGUUGGUGAUGUCAGCAACCUCCAGAUUCUCUCCAGGGACGGGGCUGCCUGGGCCUGGGCCAUCGCCCUGCCCCACCCCACCCCGGUAAUCUGUGCAUUCAGGGUCCAAGCGCCGCUAGUGCCGACACUUUCUAUUUUUGGAAUCUUUAUAUGACUCGGAAUAAAGUUUUACACACAGGA